AUGUCUGAAAUCAAUUGGAAAAUAUUUGAUACUGUAGCUAAUUUGAUGAUAUUAGCUGAACAAAUAGCUAUUAUUGUUGCGAAUUCACAUUGUCAACCACCAAUUUCUAUUAUACCAACACAAAAUACAAUAGAAAAUAAUGCUGAUCAUUGUACACAUAUUAUUCAAACAGCUUUAUCUUCAUAUAAUCAACAACAAGAAUUAAUUAAUGAUAUUUGCCUUUUUUCUAUGACAUAUGCUCAAAUAGCUGAACGUGAUUAUCGACUUUUUUUUAAACAUUUUCGUAAUGAAAGAAUAUUUAAUGGUGUAAAUGUAAUCAAUCAUACUCGAAUACCACAUCCAUUAACUAAUGCUCGUUCAGUAUCUAUAUUAAUUGUUGGUGGAGGUAUUAGUGGUAUGGUGACAGCAUUAAGUUUUGCUCGAGCAGGUAUACCAGUUCGAUUAUUUGAAAAAAAGACUGAAUUUGGUGAAAUUGGUGCUGGUAUGCAAUUGGCACCAAAUUGUAGUCGUAUACUUGAUCGUCUUGAUGUUUUAAAACAAGUACAAGCUAAUGCUUUUUUUCCUAAACAAAUUGUAUGGAUGGAUGCUUUAACUGGUCAACGUCUUACAUGUAUUGAUUUAGGUGCUAAAUUCAUUGAAACAUUUGGUUAUCCAUAUAUAGUUGUACAUCGAGCUGAUCUUUUUAAUGCAAUUUAUCAAGCAUGUUUAGCAAAUUCAAUGAUAACAAUGGAAACAGAUCGUACAGUAACAAGUGUUGAUGAACGACCAAAAUCAAUAAUGGUUGAAUGUGCAGAUGGAAUGCGUUAUGAUUGUAAUAUGGUAAUUGCAGCUGAUGGUCUUUGGUCAUCAUUAAGAAAAUUUGUUUGUGAUGAUGGUGCACCAAUUAGUGCUGGUUAUGUUACUUAUCGAGGUACAAUAGAUAUUAAACAAGUUUCAAAAGAAGCUGGUCUUGAAAAUGUUCAAUUUUGGAUUGGACCUGAUAUACAUUUAGUACAGUAUCCUAUUCGACGAGGAGAAUCAUAUAAUCAAGCAGCUAUAUUUAAGUCAAAAAAGAUACCUGAUGAUACAGAUGAAUGGGGAACAAAAGAAGAACUUAAUCAGCGAUUUAGUAUUGGAUGUAAACAUGUUAAAAAUGCUUUAAAAUCAAUUCAAACUAAUUUUCGAUUGCCUGUUUAUGAUCGUAAUCCAUUAUCAAAAUGGAGUCGUGGUCGAUUAGUAUUAUUAGGUGAUGCAGCUCAUCCAAUGUUACAAUAUGCUGGUCAAGGUGCUGCACAAGCAUUAGAAGAUGCUGAUGUACUUGUGACUGCUUAUAAAAAAUAUGGACCAUUAAAAAUUGAUUCUGUAUUUCGAGAAUAUGAACAAAAACGAAUACCUCAUUCAUCAAAAGUUGUUCAAUUUGCACGUGAUAUUGGUACUUUUGCACAUUGUGAUGGCGUAGCAAAAAUUGUUCGUGAUAAAAUAUUAAAAGAACAUGAUAUUUAUGAUUAUGAAUUUUUGAAAUGGAUAUAUGAAGAUCAUCAAAAAGAUAGAAAAUAA